AUGAACAGUUCCUUAAUAACCUUCAUCAUAUCGCUUUUCAUUACACUUGGCGUGUGUUCAGUGCUAAGGCAAUCAGCCAAACUUGGACAAACUGUCGAACUGGAAUUCGGAAAAAAUGUGAAGGAUAUUCAAGCAGCAAUAAAGAAUGCUGAAAGUGCAUCGAAAGAUCGUGAGCAUAUUGUAAAAGAUGGAAUGAUCACUCAAUAUGGGCAGCAAAUAUACGAUGGUCGAUUACUGUUCGAAAAUGGUACACUGAUUAUUCAGAAAAUAACAGAAAAUGAUCCGACCACUUACUUUUAUUACCAUCAUAAUAAUCCUAGAUAUCCAAUGGCAAUUGAUGUUAUCUUGCAGUGA